CCCAGGUGACGCGGGUGUGAUGUUCAAGGGUGAGACAUGUUCUCCGUCCCAGAGUUUUACUCCAGGAGGAGGCAGUUUGUCGGGCAAUCCUCCACCCGGCUGGACCAAUGUGGACUACGACUAGGAAUGUGGUACUGGAAAGACGAAACAAAAACUCUGGAAUUUAGAAGUUUCACACCCGCAAUAGAACUCAAGGAGAAAGGCAAGAAAGGGAAGGCAGUUCACUUCGCUGAGAUGGACGGCAGAGCUUCAGAAAGGUUGACAGAUAAGAGGUUUGCCUCAAGGGAUGAAAAAUCAGCUAAGGCUUUGGAGAAACGAGGUCAGCAGGGCAAUGUCACGCUGGAUGAUGUCAAGUUUGUUGCAUUGCUCUCCCUCCAGGAUACUGAGAUGCAGCGGAUCUGUUCCUUCACAACGUUUAUGAGGAAUAAGAAUCUUGACAGCUUCCUCAUGGCCCUGUUGUACUAUCUGUCUUAUUACCUGGAGAGACUCUCAAUGGAAAAGAAGCCCCAGAGUUACAUGGUGGAGAAAAUAUCAGACACACAAAAAGACUGGAAAUUUUUUGAGUCCUUCUAUACCUUCUGUACGUGCAUAGCCUGGAUUGUCUUCCGACGGCAGUACUUGACAGAGAUUGAGGAAGAGGUAGGCAGGCUUUUUCGAACCAAUAUGUUCAACAUUCCUCGAAGGAAGCGUGAGGAUGAAGAAUCAGGGGGAGAGAAGAAGCGCAUGACACUGGUACAAUUCAGGAGGAUGAUGGCAAAACGUCCAGCAAUUAAGAAGGCCAUGGACAUGCGCUCCCCGGUUUUGUCUACUCUGCUGCCAUCUCUCAGAGAAAAAGCUCAACAUAUCGUUGAGAAAAAGUAUGUGGCAGGCAUCAAACUCCAACCCCGAGUGGAGAAGGACACAACAAGUCUGAAGUCUGUGGCCAUGCCAAUAGUUGGCAUCUUGGGGGAGCCUCGAAAUCUGUUCAACCCGCAUACUCUCCUCCCCCUUGAAUCAGAAGAAAACGGAAAACCAAGCGGAAGGAGUUCUUCCAUAAUAGAGAGAAAUAACACAAGGAUUCAGGACACACUGAAUUUGGUCAUGUCAAAACUUACUUCGCAAAGCACUAAGUAA